UCUGGCUCGACGACAUAGUGGUACCCAAGAGUCUCUGUUGUUGCAUUAUACAGCGUUAUAAGCGUCGCUACUCUCCUUCUGCCUGCUGUCCUGGACUGCAAGGACCUCUCUCCAAGGCUGACUGUAACCCAAUGAGAGUUCAGUGAUGGGGAAGGAGAAGCUCCACAUCAACAUUGUGGUCAUUGGCCACGUGGACUCAGGAAAGUCAACCACCACUGGUCACCUCAUUUACAAGUGUGGAGGCAUCGACAAAAGGACCAUUGAAAAGUUUGAGAAGGAAGCUGCAGAGAUGGGAAAGGGCUCCUUUAAGUACGCUUGGGUCCUGGACAAGCUGAAGGCCGAGAGGGAGAGAGGCAUCACCAUCGAUAUCUCCCUGUGGAAGUUUGAGACCAGCAAGUACUAUGUCACCAUCAUUGAUGCUCCGGGACACAGAGAUUUCAUUAAGAACAUGAUAACUGGCACCUCACAGGCAGACUGUGCUGUGCUGAUUGUGGCUGCUGGCGUUGGUGAAUUUGAGGCUGGUAUCUCAAAGAAUGGGCAAACCCGUGAGCAUGCCUUGCUGGCAUACACCCUGGGUGUCAAACAACUGAUUGUGGGUGUCAACAAGAUGGACUCAACAGAACCCAAUUACAGCCAGAAGCGCUAUGAGGAGAUUGUAAAGGAAGUCAGCACUUAUAUCAAGAAGAUCGGCUACAAUCCAGAUACAGUAGCAUUUGUACCAAUCUCUGGAUGGAAUGGGGAUAACAUGCUGGAGGCCAGCCCAAACAUGACCUGGUUCAAGGGCUGGAAGAUCACUCGUAAGGAUGGUUCUGUCUCUGGGACGACUCUAUUGGAGGCGUUGGAUGCCAUUCAGCCCCCUACCCGGCCCACUGACAAACCACUCCGCCUCCCACUGCAGGAUGUCUACAAGAUUGGAGGCAUUGGUACUGUGCCUGUGGGACGUGUUGAGACAGGCAUUCUGAAACCUGGUCUAGUUGUGACUUUUGCCCCAGUGAAUGUGACCACUGAGGUGAAAUCUGUAGAGAUGCACCAUGAGGCUCUAUCUGAAGCUCUGCCUGGAGAUAACGUGGGAUUUAAUGUAAAGAAUGUCUCAGUUAAAGAUAUCCGACGUGGGAAUGUUGCAGGUGACAGCAAGAAUGACCCUCCACAGGAGGCAGCGAGUUUCACCGCUCAGGUGAUCAUUCUGAACCAUCCUGGUCAUAUCAGUGCUGGCUAUGCCCCUGUGCUAGACUGCCACACCGCUCACAUAGCCUGUAAGUUUGCUGAGUUAAAGGAGAAGAUUGACCGUCGCUCAGGGAAGAAGCUAGAAGAUAACCCCAAGUCUCUGAAGUCUGGGGAUGCUGCUAUUGUAGAUAUGAUACCAGGCAAACCAAUGUGUGUGGAGAGCUUCUCAGAGUAUCCUCCUCUUGGACGCUUUGCAGUGCGUGACAUGCGUCAGACCGUAGCAGUGGGCGUCAUUAAGGGGGUGGAGAAGAAGACCCCGACCUCCGGCAAGGUCACUAAAUCUGCUCAAAAGGCCCAGAAGAUCAAAUGAAUGUUGUGCUGGGCUGUGAACACUUGGGUCAGCCACAUCACACCUCUUCUUUUCAACUCCAUAGACAAAGCUUGGUUAAUUAUCACAAUGCAUCGCAAAAGCAGAAGAAGGAAAAGUAAAAACUCUUGCCUGCUUUGACAAUGAUUACAAUAGUGUUAGUAAGUAUAUUCGUGUUUAAUUGUAAGUUCUGUUUGAGUUUCUAUUUUAUGUACACAUUUUCAUUGUUACAAGCACCUUAAACUAGCAAAUAGAGGGAGUGUGGAGUAAGCUUUGUUUUUCCUGUAUCCUCAGUUUGUGCGCAAUUGCUCAACUCCUCUAACUCUGACCAGUCACCUUACUAAUAUUGCUUGUGUGACCUUGCUUGCAAUAGUAACUAACUGUUCCAGCAUCUAGCCCAAUGCCUAUGACAUUUUAAAUGAGUUUGUUCUGAUUUGAUGUGUUGUAACGCAGCUUUAAAUGUGAACUUUUGAGUUUUGCGUGUCUUUUUCUGGUUGUACGCAUGAAGCUGAAGUAGCUAGCGCAUUUUACGUUCUACCCCAACAGCACUCUGAACAAGCAUGACCGAUGUUGUUUGCAUUUGCACUCAUGUACUUUAAAGGGAAUAUUAUUCUCCAUUAUCUAAUAUAUUUGGUUGAUAACCAACAAUAAAAUACAUUUUAA